UGGAGGCGGGUUGGGGUGGGGAUCGACCUGGUGUCCUGCCUGCAAUUGUCACUCGGAAAUGCAUCCUGCCUUUUCCUCUCCCAGGUCUCCCAGGGCUCCUAUGAUUCCAAAGUACUAAGUCCUCAGUGUAAUUUUCAAAGACAAACACUGAGUUCCCGUUAUUCUGUAUCAGGCACUGGUAUGGAUUAAUUUACUUAAUCACAACAACCCAGUAAAGUAGGUAGCAUGAUAUCCCAUUUUUAUAGUUGGGGACACUGAGGCUUGGAGAGGUUUCAUAAUUAUCCCAACAUCACACAGCUGGGAAGGGGACAAAACUAGGAUUUGAACACCGGCCAUCCAACUGGAGGGUCUCUUUGCUUAAUCAUCAUGCUGGAAAAAAAACAACAACAGCAACAUCAUGCUGUACUGCUUCUGGCAGUGAGGACCUCCCUGAGGCAGUAACUUUUGAAGGGGUAGCUUAGAACAGUUCAGGAAGAAUAAUGACCCUUGCAAGUUAUUAUGGUGGGUGUGAAAACCCAGUGAGGGCUUAUGGUGGCGCCCAGCACUCAGCAAAAUGUUCAGAAAAUAUGAGCUUAAAAAGGGAUUAAGGAAGAUUUUACAGAGGUGAUACUGAGUAAGGUUUUAAGGGUAUAUAGGAGUCUUCCAGGAGGACUGGGCUAGGGGAAGGAUACCAGAGGGUCCAGAAAGGACAAAAGAAGAGAAAGCCCUAUACUGUGGUCUUUCUGGCUGAGUGUGAUCCAUGGCAAGAUGCCCUUCACCUGGAGGUUUUUCCAGGCAGACCUGUCCCAGGUUUCUCCAGCUGUGCCAGCCCUCACUACACUGGAAGGGCAGGGGCAACCCUCUUCUGGCUGGCCUACCCCUGGACCCUGAGUACUCCGUGCCUUGCUACCGCUCACUUCCCUCAUCCUCCAACGUGUGUUCUCCUGCUCACAAGAAGUGUGACAAGUGCUGUGGUUCGUGUUCCCCUGCUCACAAGAAGUGUGACAAGUGCUGUGGUUCGUGUUCCCCUGCUCAUAAGAAGUGUGACAAGUGCUGUGGUUCAUGUUCGCCUGCUCACAAGAAGUGUGACAAGUGCUGUGGCACUUCCUCAGAAAAGACCUCGGAAUAUACAUUUCACUGGUCCAAGAACCCAGAGCCAGAGACCUCACAGCCAACUGCACCUGAAAAUAGAGUGACAGCUGAAGCCUGGAGGCCAGGGAGAGACACAGGGUGUCAGUCACAUGGGUCUCCCUCCACCCCUUGCUCAGACUCACAGGAGCCAUGUAAUGACCAGGAUCUUCCGAAGAGCCAUAACGGCAACACUAAGACGUUGUUGAUGCCGUUUGCCUCUAAAGAAGAGGGCCACUACCUGAGUCCAAGCCGGAGUGAGGGCUCUGAAGCUGUGUGUUCUCAGGGGCAGCCCCCAUGCCUGCCACAAAGAUGCACUUCUGAGCGUGUUCAGGCUGGGGCAGAGAAGCCCUUGGAGACCAGCUGUUCCAAAACCAAAGUUAAGUCCACCACAAUGAUUCCUGACUGCCAGAAGCUUCUGAGAUGUGAACUGGAGUCACUCAAGUGUCAGUUACAGGCCCAGACCAAGGCUUUCGAGUUCCUAAACCACUCAGUGACCCUGUUGGAGAAGGAGAGCUGCCUGCAGCAAAUCAAGAUCCAACAGCUGGAAGAGGUGCUGGGCCCCGUGAGCCACCAGGGAGACAAGGAGGGGCACAAGUGGGAUGUGGUGGAGGGACGGCAGGAGCUGUAUGAGGCCCUGGCUCAAGGCCUCCAGGGGCUGCAGAAGACCCUGCAUGACAACGAGGAGGUGCAGUGGGCCCGCACCACCCGCUGCCUGCAGCUGCUGGCCCAGGAGAUCCGGGACAGCAAGAAGUUCCUAUGGGAGGAGCUGGAGCUGGUACGAGAGGAGGUGACCUUCAUUUAUCAGAAGCUCCAGGCACAGGAACAGGAGAUCACGGAGAACCUGGUGAACAUUCAGAAGAUGCAGAAGACACAGGUGAAGUGCCGCAAGGUCCUGACCAAGAUGAAGCAGCAAGGGUACGAGACAGCCAGCUGGCUAGAGACUGAGGAGUUGCUACCAGGAUGCAGUGGUUCCUGGAGGGAUAACCUCCAAAAGGAGCUGGGUGACAUAUGGUCCGCUGUGCAUGUGCUGCAGAACUCCUUUGAUGGCCUCGCCAUAUCCUCAGGGGGCCGCCCUAGAGCCGCAAACCUCAGGGGCUAUAAGGGACACAGAUGCCUGAGCCCUCCUCUCCCCUGCUGGGACUCGGACUCAGACACGGACCAGGGCCCUCCCCAGCUACUGCUCAGCAAGAGCCGCAGCUCCUUCCCACCUGCCUGAGCAGCUGGGACUGCUCUCCCUCGAAGACUCCUCCAGAAAGAAAAUAAACUAGCUGAGACCCUC